UCCGUGCCUCCCUUCCCUCACUCCUACCCCCCUUCCCCUGCAUCUCCACCCACCCCAUGACACUCAGCCAUGAUAUAGAAUGACAGAGGACUGAGAGAUGAUUUAAAAUGACAGCCCCAAGCUCCUGCAGAAGGAGAUCACUCACUCUGCAAACUGGUCAGGCAGGAGUCUUCCUUUGCAUGUAGAAAGAAUCACUCUCCCUCUUCCCCUCAUCAUGGCCUAUCUGGGAGCCCAUCUUGCGUUUAGAUCCCGUUGGCAAAAGACAGAUGAUGAGCUGUGUCGGCAUAGCAUGUCCUUCAUCCUUCACAGGGCGAUCCGCAAUGACUUCUUUCAGAGUUAUCUCUAUCUCCUGGAAAAACUUUCUCUGGUGAAACUCUACGCUUUAACAAGCCAAGUCAUCAAUGGUGAGAUGCAGUUCUAUGCCAGAGCAAAGCUUUUCUACAGUGAAGUUCCAGCGACAGAAGAAGGGAUGAUGGGAGAUUUCAUUGAACUGUCUAACACAGAUAUCCAAGCCUCCCGGGAAUUUCUUAGGAAGUUUGUCGGGGGUCCUGGGAAAGCAGGUACUGACUGUGCCUUGGACUGUGGUUCUGGAAUAGGAAGGGUCAGCAAACAUGUCUUGUUGCCAGUUUUCAACAGUGUGGAACUGGUGGACAUGAUGGAAGCUUUCCUGGCUGAAGCUCAGAAUUACCUACAAGCCAAAGGUGACAAAGUAGAAACAUAUUACUGCUACAGCCUUCAGGAAUUUACGCCUGCUCUCAGAAAAUAUGAUGUCAUUUGGAUUCAGUGGGUUUCUGGGAACCUAACUGAUAAAGACCUCCUUGAGUUUCUUUCUCGCUGCUGUAAAGGCCUGAAAGAGAGUGGCAUCAUCAUCUUGAAGGACAAUGUGGCCCGCCAGGGUUGUAUCUUUGAUUCAUCUGACAGCAGUGUCAUCCGGGACAUGGACAUCCUCCGGAGCCUCAUUCACAAGAGUGGGCUGGUGAUUCUUCGGGAAGAGAAGCAAGAGGGCUUUCCAGAGCAAUGUGUGCCGGUGUGGAUGUUUGCUCUUCAUAGAAGGGUAACUCAUAGGAUCAUAGAUUGAGAGUUGAAAAGGACCUUAAAGGUCAUCUGGUCCAACCCCUCUUCCCGCCUCCCCCUUCCCAGUUUUACAUUGGAACAAACCAAGGCCCAGAGAAAUUAAGUGACUUGCUCACAAUUAUAAAGCUAAUAAGUAGUAGAAUGUAAAUUCAAAUUUGAUUCCCAUGAUUCUAAGUUCAGUGUUCAUCCCUCUGCACCACAUUACUGUCUAAUCAGCAAAGUGGGAGACUGCUGGCCUAUGUAGUAUUUGGGAGUGGGAGGUGUAGAAAGUGAGUUCUUCAAAGUCUCUGUUAGAAUUCAGUUCACCUCAGCAUGCUAUUUUUCACUUUCUGAAUUUUUUUCAUGUUUUUUUUUCCUUUGGGUCUGGGUCUUCUUUUACAAUCUGACGAAUAAGGUAAUAUGUUUGCAUAAUUGAACAUGUAUAACCUAUGUCAAAUUGCCUACUGUCUCAGGAGGGAGGGAGGUGAGGA